UAUUUGAGCAGAGACUGCUGGUAGGAGAAAGAACGCAGCAGCAGCAGUACUCACCACUGCUCUAUCACUCUCUGCCCCCCACCACUGCUGGAGACAAGUUGGACGCCAAAAAGAGGAUCAGGGGAUAAAGAUUGGAAGCAACACACCUCUCCAAUGCCACCACCAAUAUCAUUUCUGGAAUACUAUCUUGGUUUUUCCAGCUUUGCCUUGUACCCUUCAGUUUUUCUUUAGAUACUCAAACAAUUUCCUCUGGCUUAAUUUGAAGGAAUAUCCAUGUGAGCGGAGAGCAUGGCCUGAAUGACAAUUGGUGCCUAUCUCAGCACAGGUCAAGCAUUAGUACCGGCAGUGGACUCAGAAAGUCUUCAGCGCAUUAAAUGAAUCUCCUUGACACUUUUCAGGAACAUCUUAUGGUCUUCACAGCUCUGCACCCAAUCUAUCGGAUACGUGUCCAUGGAGUUACCACCAAUGAAAAGUUCCUUUCCAAAUAGGCCUGCUGCAUUUUUUUAUGUCACAAUCCCUCAUUGCCUAUUCCCAUUAUAUUAAGUUUGGGAGCAAGAAACGGGACGGGACACGAUGAGGUUGCUCUGAACUGUGAUUCAAAAUUCACUGGAUUUUACGGAAGAGAGCAAAUUCAUUGGUUCCAUCAGCGUCUACAAGUUGUCCAGAUCCAGAGGCAGCAAAGACGCCAAAGACCAUCACACCACCAUGGUUGACUGUAGAUGCUUUAUUGAGAUAUUUAAAUCCCUCUCCUGGCAUCCUGCAACACUACCAUGCACUCCUCCUGUUGCCUUCGCCUCACGGGAGAUCAUUCAUGCAUCAGAAAUGGAGGCUGCUCUAGUAGACCCAGGCACGCAUGUUGGACUGGAAGCUGGAAUAAAAAUGACUAGAAGUCAAAGUACAAGUUAUUGAACUGGCAGUUGGCCCACAUCCUCAUGAAAAAGAGUGGAAGAACAGUCAAUGAAUUAUGAAUGUUCAACAAGAUGACCUCUUCCCAGCAGCAGCAGAUGAUGCGAGGUCCUAGGUGGAACCGGGCCUUGUCCAACCCUUUAUUUGUGCUGCUUCUAGCCCUCCAGCUGCUGGUAGUGGCAGGACUGGUGCGUGCUCAAACUUGUCCUUCUGUUUGCUCCUGCAGUAACCAGUUUAGCAAGGUUAUUUGCACCCGCAGAAGCUUGCGAGAAGUUCCUGAUGGCAUCUCUACCAACACACGCUAUCUGAAUCUGCAAGAAAAUCUCAUACAGGUGAUAAAGGUGGACAGUUUCAAACAUCUAAGACAUUUGGAGAUCCUGCAGCUGAGCAAAAACCACAUACGCAAAAUUGAGCUGGGGGCUUUCAAUGGACUGGCAAGCCUCAAUACCUUGGAGCUUUUUGAUAAUAGACUCACUACCAUCCCAAACGGAGCAUUUGAGUACUUGUCUAAGCUAAAGGAGCUCUGGCUAAGAAAUAAUCCAAUAGAAAGCAUUCCUUCUUAUGCUUUCAACAGAGUUCCCUCGUUACGAAGGUUGGACCUAGGGGAGCUCAAAAGGCUCUCAUACAUUUCAGAGGGAGCCUUUGAAGGAUUGAGCAAUCUGCGCUACCUAAAUUUGGGAAUGUGCAAUUUGAAGGAAAUUCCCAAUCUCACUCCACUGGUCAAACUGGAUGAACUUGAAAUGUCUGGAAACCAGUUGUCUGUUAUCCGGCCUGGUUCGUUUAAAGGGCUUAUCCACCUGCAAAAGCUAUGGAUGAUGCAUGCUCAAAUCCAGACUAUAGAGAGGAACUCAUUUGAUGACCUUCAGUCACUUGUGGAGCUUAACCUUGCCCAUAAUAACCUAACACUUUUGCCCCAUGAUCUCUUUACUCCUUUACAUCAUUUGGAGAGGGUGCACUUGCACCAUAACCCCUGGAAUUGCAACUGUGACAUCCUGUGGCUAAGCUGGUGGCUUAAGGAGAUGGUACCUGCUAACACCAGCUGCUGUGCCCGCUGCAGCUCACCCACCCAGUAUAAGGGCCGCUACAUUGGUGAGCUGGACCAGAAUUACUUUCAUUGUUAUGCUCCCGUUAUUGUGGAGCCUCCUGCAGACUUAAAUGUAACAGAGGGAAGUGCUGCUGAGUUGAAAUGUAGGGCCAGCUCGCUGACCUCAGUUAGCUGGAUUACACCCAACGGUUCAAUAAUGACGCACGGUGCAUACAAAGUCAGAAUUUCUGUGCUAAAUGACGGCACACUGAAUUUCACAAAUGUCACCAUGCAGGACACAGGGACAUACACAUGUAUGGUUAGUAAUUCUGCAGGUAACACAACAGCCUCAGCCACACUGAAUGUGUCCUCUCCAGAGAACAGCAGCUUCAGCUACUUCACCACAGUGACGGUAGAGACAAUAGAAACACCUCAUAACGAAGGCUUCACCACCACAGUUCAGCAGAAAGUGGGCCCCACACCCUCUGCCAGUAUAUGGGAAAGUCCUUCACCCACCUCUACCACAACGACAACAGUCCGAACCCCACUGUCCACACGUGCAACAGAGAAGCCCUACACAAUACCUGUAACAGAGGGCUCACUCAGCGGUUUGGACGAGGUCAUGAAGACGACUAAAAUCAUCAUUGGCUGCUUCGUUGCAAUCACUCUUAUGGCAGCAGUAAUGCUGAUUAUCUUCUACAAGAUGCGGAAGCAGCAUCACCAGCAGAAUCACCAUGCACCCACACGCACUAUUGAGAUCAUCAAUGUAGACGAGGACUGCGUAACCGGGGGCCCAGGCAUGGAGGGCCACCUUACUCUGCCGUCUCUGGAGCAUGAGCACCUCAACCACUACAAUACCUACAAGACUGCCUACAACCAUGCCUCAGCUAUGAAUUCCAUACACAGCUCAGCUCAUGAACCUUUGUUAAUCCGGGCCACCUCAAAAGACAAUGUACAAGAGACCCAAAUCUAACGCUUUUGACAAACUCAUAAAACUGUUGGCAUUACACAGUGGCAUUACUGACAGGACAGUCUUGGCAACUGGUUUUUGAGGACUAACGCUCCAAUCUGGAGCAACACGCUCGUGUUUAGCAAAUCACUGGAGUGAUUUUCAUUCAAUGACAUUGGGAUUUAGAAUAUGUCUACUGUUUCAAAAGUGUCUUUACAAAACAGAAGUUAUUUAUUUAAGAAAAAAAAAAUAUUGUGGUUGAAUCGAGAAAAAAAAAAUAUUUGGCUUUUUUUUUCAUCUAUUAAUACAUGUUAUUUUUCCUCCUCUCAUGUGAAAAAGAAUGGUUUACAACUAUGCUUAAACUCUUUUAGAAGACAUCUGUUGGGAAAAAAAAAAAAAAAAAAACUAUCAUUACUUUUUAGCUGGUAUUUUAGUAUAAUUACAGUUUGGAUCUGAGUGGGUAAUUUCAUACUUUACACCUGUGAAGAAAAUCUAGAGCACAUUAGGGGUUUUCUCCAGCAGCGAAUGAAAUUAUUGAAUAACUUGUGGCCAUCUAAAACAUGGCUGUAUAAAACACUUGGCAGAGCAAAAGUGUCAGUUAUGAAUUUUGACCACAAUUCAAAGUUUUAAUUGGAACUGUCACAUACAUUAGGCACUCUCUGUUCUGCCAUGGAGUCACAGAAAGUUCUUGAAAAAGGGAAAUAGAUCCUACUUAUGAAAUCUGUUUAAAACCGAAGUUCAUUACUAAUGAUUUUAUGUUCUCUUAAAUGAAAUUUCAUUGAUCAAAAGGUCGUUCUGUUCCUAAUGUGUACGCAAAAUACAAUUAUAUUUCUGAUCUCAAAGUUGUCUUGACAGAAGUCCAUGCCUACUUAGAGGGAUCCUUUUAUUGUUAUUAAACUGUACCAUUGAUGGCAUUAAGAGUUAUCGCUGUUCUGAAAGUCAUAGCAGCAUUAAUACAUAUUUUAGAAGCAUUAUUGUAAUUGAACAGGAUGGAAAUAGUAUCACUGUCCCAUCUUGGCAAAAUUCCCCUUGCUUGAAAUGUUUCCAAUGUAUCCUGACCUCACAUUUACCUUCUAAUGCUGUGUUCCAGUGCAUAUUAAGGUGGCUGCUUUAAAGAGGUUCUUUAUUCUUGCUGGGACCUGUUACCUCUUCUGCAGUACUGCCAGGAGUGCUGUCAGAACCAGAGUGACGAGCUGAAGAAAAAGCUUAAACCCUUUAUACAGCUGUCUGACCACAUUGCUUGUCAUCUAUGUGCCACAUUUCCACAUUGAGAUGCUUGGCAGCCCCAGCUUCACACCCUGCCCCUGCCAACCAAAGGACUUGGCCCUGAGUGGCAAGGCUUAUGCUACAAGAGGCUUUACGGUCAUGCAGAAUGUGUGGGAUCAGGCAUCAACCAGAUGUUUGAGUUGCACCUGCCUUUUUUCCUUUUCCCUUAGCAACAACACAAUUUACAUUUUAAUUGAUGUGCCCAUGGGCUUUGUAUGGACACAGUUCUGCAGGCAUUCAAAUCCAGGAAGCCAUUUUAAAGUCCCUACUGUGAAAAUUGUGCCAACCUCCAUAAAUGCUGUGGUUAGACAGAUGGUCCAAGAUUUACUUUUAGCAAGUAAACAGGGUUUCUUUUCAGCAGUAGGAUAUUUUUGGUGAAAGGCAUUGUUACACCGUUUGGUCAUAUUGAAGAAGCAUGACAUGUAUACAUUCACAGUACAUUUGCAAUACUACAUCUGGUCACUUAGAUGUUUAGAAUUUUGGGUUGUAUUCCAGGUAAGGAAUCAUGAAUUUAAAAGCUUCCCCCAACUUUUGGUAAUUGACAAUACCAGAAUAUAAUAAUUAAUAAUAAUAUAAUUGACAGAGGAAUACGGUAAUAGAAAUCAAAGAGUUGUCAAGAAAUGCAACACUGACUUUGAAAACAAUACCUGGUGUUUAUAUAAUUGUUGUAUAAAACUAAUGAUAAGAUUCAGCGUAGAAUCUGUAUUUCUCAAAGGUGUGUGGAAUUUGAACAGCCUAUUCUGUGUUUUUCCCUAAACUAUGACAAAAAUAUACAUUUUCUUAAACAAAAAACAAUUCACAGUGUUGUUGCAACAAAGUACCACAAACUGAAACAACUGCCAGGUACACAAAAGAACUCUAACAGAAGCACCAUUAAGUUUUCUUUACCGAGUUUGCUUAACUCAAGGGCAUAUGGCCAGACUAGAGGGAACACAUAUAGGAUCCAUGAGCAAUUUGGCGGGACAAUUAUCCUUACAAUCAUAUUUUUUUCACCUUCUUGGAUGUUUAAUUUUUUUCCAUGCUGUUACAGUCUGGAUUAACAAAAUGUGUAUUUUUAUGACAAAAAUACUGAACAAAACAACUCCAAUGUAAAUGUGAAAACUAAUAUCUAUAAAAUGUCUAUCAAUAAAUAUAAAAAAAUAGCAUAAAAUAAAUGAUUGCAUAAAUAUUCACUCCCUUCAAGUCAGUAUUCGAUUAAAGUCUGGUCUUUGCACUGGCCACUCCAGAACAUCAUUGUUUUCUUCAAAACACGUUUAUGUAGCUUCGCUGUAUGCUUCGGCCAUUCACUGUCUUGCUAAAAAA